AUGUGCCACCGUCGCCAGCAGUCAAAACCAAAGCCCGGUCACCGUCACCAGCAGCGGCCACCACGAGCACCACUGCAGCUGCGACACAACAAAGUUGGAGAUCGCAAAAGGCUGCUCAGAAAGAAGGACGAGGGGUCAUAUCUGCCGCCGGCAAAGCUGGGCCCGCAAACCCGCCGCUUUCGCCACAAAACCAAAAGCGUGGCUUUUGUUGCUUCCGCCGUCGUAGUUUGUGAAUUGUUUCACGUGUGA